AUGCCUUCCGCUGCACCGAAUCCAGAAAUGACUGAUGUAGUGAUCGUUGGCGCAGGCCUCAGUGGUCUGGAAGCCGGCCGUCACCUCCAACGUGCGAACAUCUCGUGCCAGAUCUUGGAAGCAACCGGGCAGGUAGAUGGCAAAACUCGAACUGUAAAGUCGAGGGAGACGGGCCCCGGGUUCAACGACGUAGGAGCAGCUUGGAUCAACGACACAAGUCAGAGCGAGAUGUACAAGCUCUUCCAACGCUACGGGCUCGGAGCCGAAAUCCAGAGAUCAACAGGAAACACCUUGCACGAAGAACGAGACGGAUCUUUUGUCUCACUGCCAUAUGGCGAGCUACCAAUAUCACAAGAGGAAGCGGCCUCCCUUGGUGCAUUGCUGUCGAAUUUGGACAAAAUGAUAGCUGAGUCUUGCCUGGAAAGACCUGAAAAGUCCCCAGGUGCCCAACAGCUAGAUCAGAUCACUUUUAAGGACUUCUGCAUCCAGGCAGGUCCGUCUCCCAUUAAUGGUCAUUUUGCCGACAACAUCUCGCGGGGUUUGCUGGGUGUCGAUGCCAGUGAGAUCAGCACUCUGUACAUGAUCAACUAUUUCAAAAGCGGCACGGGAAUUGCCAAUCUUUCCUCGGACUAA